GUUCAAUCUUUCUCCGUCGUCUUCCUCUACUGGUUUUACAACGUUUCAUGAAUUGCUAAAACAUUCCCAAACGCUAAUUAUUUUUCCGACAGAUCAUUAAAUAAAAAACCAAACAUAAAAACAUAAAAAUCUGUCCUUUUUGUUUUGUCCUCUUGUAAUUUUCUUGUUAUAAAUCAAUGGCGUCAUCUAGCAGCACAUACCGGAGCUCGAGCUCUUCCGACGGUGGUAAUAAUAACCCGUCGGACUCCGUCGUCACCGUCGACGAACGAAAACGUAAAAGAAUGUUAUCAAACAGAGAAUCUGCACGUAGAUCAAGGAUGCGUAAACAGAAACAUGUUGAUGAUCUAACGGCUCAGAUCAAUCAGCUAUCAAACGACAACCGUCAGAUCUUGAACAGCCUCACCGUAACAUCUCAGCUUUACAUGAAGAUCCAAGCCGAGAACUCUGUUCUCACCGCUCAGAUGACGGAGCUUAGCACCAGACUCCAAUCUCUCAACGAGAUCGUUGAUCUUGUUCAAUCCAACGGUGCAGGAUUUGGUGUUGACCAGAUCGACGGCUGUGGUUUCGAUGAUCGUACGGUUGGGAUUGACGGAUAUUACGAUGAUAUGAAUAUGAUGAGUGGUGUUAAUCAUUGGGGUGGUUCGGUUUACACUAACCAACCCAUUAUGGCUAAUGAUAUCAAUAUGUAUUGAUUAAUAAAAAUUAAUUAAAUUA